GGCCCGCGCAUGCGCCGUGCGGGGACAAGAUGGCGGCGCCCGUGGACCUGGAGCUGAAGAAGGCCUUCACGGAGCUGCAGGCCAAGGUGAUGGACACGCAGCAGAAGGUGAAACUGGCCGACCUGCAGAUCGAGCAGCUCAGCAAGACCAAGAAGCACGCUCACCUCACCGACACCGAGGUGAUGAUGCUGGUGGAUGAGACCCGCAUGUACGAGGGCGUGGGAAGGAUGUUUAUUCUCCAGCCCAAAGGAGUGAUUCAUAAUCAGCUCUUAGAAAAACAGAGGAUAGCCGAAGAGAAAAUUAAGGAAUUAGAGCAGAAGAAGUCGUACCUGGAGCGGAGUGUGAAGGAAGCAGAUGCUGAUGGCCCGCAGGGCACAGUAGUGGCACCCCUGGGUGUCCUGGGCUGAUCCCCACAGCCUGCCCCCUCCUUCCCCACCUCAAUAAAACUCGUGUCUCUCUGG